AUGGCUGAAACAGACUCAGAAGUUAGGGAAAGACUAUUAAAGCAAUCAACAACAUCCAAUUUAUCUGAUUUUAAUCUUAGAAAGGCUUAUUCUAUUGAAGAGUAUAUCAAUCAUAUUGGGUUUGGUUCGUAUCAAAUUAAACUUACAUUCUUGGCAGGCUGUAUUUGGGUAUCAUUUAUUGGUAUGUUCAUUGGUGACCCUAUUUGGGGAUGGUAUUCUGAUGUUUACGGAAGGAAAAUGGCGGUUUUCUAUUCCACUUUAUGGACAUUUGUUUAUGCUCUACUCUCUGCCACUUCUCCAAGUUUUUUUUGGAUAGUAUUUACACGAGGUCUUACUGGCUUUGGUAUUUCUGGUGCUAUCCAAGUAGUUACUAUUUACUGCGAGUUUUUACCAGAAAUUUAUCGAUGCCUAUCAAUACUUGUCCUUGCGGUAUUUUGGUCUAUCGGUGGCUGUCUUACCAAUUUAAUAGCGAUGCUUGUUAUGCCAACACUAGAUUGGCGAUACGUUCUUGGAUUUGCUAGUAUCCCAUGCCUUGUAUUCUGCCUUUUAUACAAGUUCGUACCUGAAUCUCCCCGAUUCUAUCUAGUUUCUGGUCAACGUAACAAAACCCUUAAGGUCUUAGCUGAUGGUGCUAAAGCAAAUGGAGUAUCUCUUUUAGAAGGAGAUCUCAUUGUACCAGAAAAGGAUAGUCUUGGACAAAUCCGUACCUUAUUCAAGAAGCAACAUCGAAAGACAACAAUUUUAUUAUUUCUUAUUUGGAGCAGCGCUGGGUUUUGCUAUUUUGGUAUGAUUUUAUUAUCCCCACUUCUGCUUGUCAAUCAAAAUUGUGGAAAUGAUAACACUGUAAGGAACACGAUUAGUGAUUGCUCCUGUAAGCCAUUAACCACCAAACAUUAUCAAUAUCUUAUAGCUACAGCAUUCGCUGAGAUUCCUGGGUUAAUAGUCUCCUUUAUUAUAAUUCAAUUACUGGGAAGAAGGAAAGGUAUAGCGUUGCAGUUUUUCCUAGCAGGAAUUCCCAUUCCGUUUUUAAUAGCAUGUACUUCAUCAGCGACGAAAACUAUUCUAUUAAGCUGUACUAGAGCAUUCUCAAAUGCAGUGUUUCAGACGAUAAUCCUUUAUACAGCAGAGGUGUAUCCUACAAGCAUUAGAGCUAUUGGCCUUGGAAUGUGUAGCGCUGCUAAUCGUUUUGGUGUUUUCAUUAGUCCUCUUGUAGCUCAGGUCAUCUUUCCCAAAUCUAAUCUGGCAGGCUUAUUAAUUUAUACAAUUUUAUGUUUAUCAAGUGGUAUUCUCGCGCUGACUUUACCAAUUGAAACCAGAGGAAGAUUAUUACAGAUAACUGUUGUUGAUAACUUUAGUUCUAAACUUGACUUAGUAUCUUAA